UGACAUUUCAGCGUCAAAAUACAACCCUUGUUUAUUUUAUUUUUUAUACUACUAUAAAUUAUGUUUGCGAUGUUAUUUUUUGUUUAUGAUUGAAUGCAUAUUAGUUAUGUACUCAAUGGAAUUAAUGAACUUUUUACCUUUCUAAGUGUAGCAGUAAGUGUCCAACGAUUACCAGUUGAAGUGUUGUGUUCUAUAAAAUGUAUGGAGAACAAUAUCCAUCAGAAGCUAAACUCAAAUUAGAAGUAUGUAUCGAUAGCUUGGAAUCUGCAAGAAAUGCCAUACAGGGAGGUGCAGACGAGUUAGAAGUAUGUAGUUCACUUGCAGAGGGUGGUCUCACUCCUUCACCAGGCCUUGUUAAGGAGAUCUUGCGACUAGUUAUAAAUAAACCGGAAACUCCGAGAAAUAACAAGAAACCAAAAGUGAAUGUUAUGAUAAGAUGCAGAGGAGGAUCAGAUUUUUGUUAUACAAAUAAUGAAAUGGAAACAAUGCUUGCUGAUAUCGAAAUUUAUGGAGUUUUUGGUGUCGAUAGAUUCGUCUUUGGAGCGUUGACAAAAGAACAGGAAAUUGACAAAGAGAAUUGUAUGAAAGUUCUGAACAAAGCACGUCCUAUACCAGUCACAUUUCACAGGGCGUUUGAUUUGUGUAAACAACCUAAAGUUGCUAUCAAUGAUAUUAUUGGUUUAGGUUUUAAUAGAAUCCUGACCAGUGGACAAAAACCUUCGGCUGCUGAUGAAACAGCUCUGCAACUACUUGAUUUCUUAUUUAAAAAAUAUAAUGAUAAAAUAGAAAUAAUGCCCGGAGCUGGUGUAAACUGUGAUAAUGUCACGUUAUUUGUUAAGUCCGGUUUUAGUAUUAUUCAUAGUUCUUGUAAAAAAAUAAAGCAAUUACCUGAUGUUGGUGGAGAUUUGAAUAUGGGUAGCAAUAAAAUGUAUGUUACAGAUGAGAAUAUUGUAAAAAAAAUUAAACAAUAUAUGAAAAUAAAGUGACAGUUUGAAUUUGGGUUU